AUGGAAGAUUCUUCAAUCUUUAUUCCUGAGAUCGAUGGCGAUUACACUGUAAAUUUUACUACUCAAGAAGUUUUUUCUGCACGUGAUGAUUUAAUUGAGUGGGUACGAGGUGUUGCUUUUCAACUUGGUUUUGUUAUUGUUAUUAUAAAAUCUGAUACAGCUAAUGGUCAACCUGAUAAAAAGACAUAUGUGUUGCUAGGAUGUGAAAGAGGUGGGAAGUAUAGAAAAUAUAAUUCUGACCUUCAACCUAGUAUAAUCGGGACAAGGAAAUGUGAGUGUCCUUUUAAAUUGAGAGGUAAACCAAUAUCUAAUGGAGAUGGUUGGGUAUUAAAAGUGAUAUCUGGGUGUCAUAAUCAUGAUCUGUCUAGAACUUUAGUUAGUCGCCCCUAUGCUGGUAGAUUAAAGUCAGAUGAACAAUCAUUGCUUAUCGGCAUGACUAAGAGUCAAGUAAAGCCUGCAAACAUUCUGCUUACCCUUAAGGAAAAUAAUGAAGAUAAUGUCACAACAAUAAAACAGUUAUAUAAUGCGAGAUAUACUUAUAAGCGAUCUUUAAGAGGGUGCAUAACUAAAUUACAGCAGUUGAUGAUGUUAUUAGAACGUGAUAAAUACAUUCAUUGGAGUAGAUGUGUGGAGGAUUCUGAAGAGGUCAGUGAGAUUUUUUGGACACAUACUAAUGCAAUUAAAUUGUUGAAUGCAUUUAAUAUUGUUUUGUUGAUGGAUAGCACCUAUAAAACCAACAGAUAUAGGCUGCCUCUUCUUGAGAUAGUUGGUGUCACAUUGACAGGCCAGACUUUCUCUGCUGCCUUUGUGUUUUUAUCAAGUGAACGACAGAAUAACUUCAUUUGGGGUCUCCAAAGGCUAAAAGAGUUAUUUAUCACAUGUGAUGGUUUCCCUAAAGUCAUUGUAACUGAUAGAGACCUUGCUUUAAUGAAUUCCAUAAGCAUUGUGUUCCUUGAAUCUUAUCAUCUUCUUUGUCGUUUCCACAUUCAGAAGAAUGUUAGAGCCAAGUGUAAAAUGUUAGUUAAUUCUAUAGACUCAUGGGAAGUUGUCUUGGAUGCAUGGGAAAAUGUGAUGGAUUGUCGAGAUAUAUCUACUUUUGCAGAUUACGUCAUGCGAUUUCACUAUGUUUGUAAUGCUUGGCCUUUGUUUUCUAAAUAUGUUAACGACACAUGGAUAAUUCCUUACAAAGAAAGAUUUGUGAAGGCAUGGACAGACAAAGUAAUGCAUUUAGGGCAAACAACGACAAAUAGGUUUGGUUAA